UUUCCUUUCCUUGAACCGAUCAAGAAGAACGCYAAGUCUUCUGAAAUCUGCCUGAAAAUUUCACCGGAUUUGACUAUUUUAAGUAAGAAAUAGCAGCUAUGUAUUCGAGGUUCUUGGAGACGGCUAAGCGUAACCCGUUUGGGACACCGAUUGAUGACAUGCCGACUCCAUCAAGGAAUUCUCGUCGUCUGAUGGCGUCCGCUGCCGCUGAAGAUGUGAGCUGUGAAUUUGGGAGUGGAAAGUAUUAUGCGCUGUGUGGAUUUGGUGGUAUUUUGAGUUGUGGUAUUACACACACAGCAGUCGUACCCUUGGAUUUGGUCAAAUGUAGAAUACAGGUUAACCCUGCUAAAUACAAGAACAUUUCUCAAGGUUUUAAGCUAACAGUCAGUGAGGGUGGUGUGCGCGCUCUUGCAAAAGGUUGGGCGCCUACGUUUUUUGGUUACUCAAUGCAAGGACUUUGCAAGUUUGGCUUCUAUGAAGUCUUUAAAAUUCUCUAUGGUAACAUGAUGGGUGAGGAAUAUUCAUACUUGUACAGAACGUCUCUCUACCUGGCAGCAUCAGCCUCUGCUGAGUUCUUUGCGGACAUUGCCUUAGCUCCCAUGGAAGCUGUGAAGGUUAAAAUCCAAACUACAGAAGGUUGGGCUAGUACUCUGAGAACUGGUGUCCCCAAACUGUGGGCUGAGGAAGGCAUAAGAGGAUUUUACAAAGGACUUCCACCAUUGUGGAUGAGACAGAUCCCUUACACAAUGAUGAAGUUUGCUUGCUUUGAAAGAACAGUAGAAUUCUUGUAUAAAUAUGUUGUACCCAAACCAAGGAGUGAUUGUACCAAACCUGAACAACUGGUAGUAACAUUUGCUGCUGGUUAUAUUGCUGGUGUUUUCUGUGCUGUUGUUUCUCAUCCUGCRGACACCGURGUCUCUAAACUGAACAACCAGCCUGGCAGCUCCCCCAUGCAAGCUGCACGWGAACUUGGCAUGGCUGGGCUCUGGAAGGGUCUUGGRCCCCGUAURAUCAUGAUUGGUACCCUUACAGCUCUACAAUGGUURAUCUARGACUCRGUCAAAGUCUUCUUCCGCCUGCCACGCCCACCACCACCAGAGGAACCUGAGAGCCUUAAAAGAAAGCGACUCCAAGCACAAUAAUUCAUCCCUUUGUAACUUCCAUCAACUAAAAUCCAUUUCAAAUGAUGAAAAAUGAAAUCCCCUUCCCAAUUCAAUUUUAAUUCUUCUGGUGCAUUACGGCUGUAUUUGAAGCUGUAAUUUUUGUAAAAUGGAUUUUUUGAGUGUGUAAUGUGUUAAGGUGAAAGUGAGGUUCAUCUUUGCCAUUGGAUAUGACAAAUAUUCGCAUAAUAAAUGUAUUUAAAUAUCUACACUGAAAAAAAUUCUUCUACCUUCACAAUUUGAUUUUUUUUUACUGCAAAUAUUGUGCAAGACCAGUCCAGUAAUGUGAUUUUUGUGAAGUGCUUUAGUUAGGAAUUUACUCAAAAGAUAGUUUAUUAAUUUGAAGCUAUUUAAGUUUUGUUUUAUUUGGAGUCUUCAUGAGUGAAAAUAAAAACGUGGAUUUCUUAUA